AUGACUCAACUUUCUGACUACCGCGUGCUUUCCUUUGAUGUCUAUGGCACCCUCGUCGACUGGGAGGGAGGCAUCCUCGCUGCAUUCCAGCCCACACUGGACAAGACUGGGGCUCAAUUCUCACGCAAACAUCUGCUCACUGUCUACCACGAGCUAGAGCGCGAGCAGCAAAGCAAGACUCCUGAUAUGCCGUACCAUCAGUUGUUGACCACUGUGCACCCCAAGUUCGCCCAGCGUCUGGGUUUGGAGAUCCCCUCCCAGGAGGAAAGCAACCGAUUUGGGGAGUCGGUCGGUAGCUGGCCCGCAUUCCCAGAUACCGUUGAUGCUCUCAAGCGUCUCUCCAAGCAUUUCAAGUUGGUGGUUCUAUCGAAUGUUGAUCGUGCGUCGUUCUCCAAGACCAACGCAGGCAGCCUAGAGGGUUUCCCCUUCGAUUUGAUUAUCACUGCUCAAGAUGUGGGCUCUUAUAAACCCGAUCUUCGAAAUUUCGAAUACAUGCUCAGCAAGGUGAAAUCAACAUUCAACAUUGAGCCCUCGCAGGUUCUCCAAACUGCCCAGAGCCAGUUCCACGACCAUCAUCCUGCCAGCAAGAUUGGAAUUAAGUCUGCCUGGAUUGAGCGACCCGGCGCCACCAUGGGAAAUUUGUCGGAGAAUAUUUAUGAUUGGCGGUUCGACACUAUGGGCGAUAUGGCCAAGGCAUUUGAGGCUGGACAGUAG